AUGUGUACGCGUAAUCAAAAUACGGUAUCUUUCCCGCUCGUUACACGUUGCCCGCUCACGCAGCCGGCAGCAGAUGGGCUCAAAGGCGAUGGUACAGCAGAGCGCUACAGCAAAAACAAAACUGCUGAUAUUUUAGCACUAAAGAACUUUACUGACGAUCGAGACGUGUAUCUCCGAGCACUGUGCUGCUCGAAGGACACCGAGUUGUCAGACGCACAACUUCGCGAGAUUGUGCGAGCUACAUUGCAAAAGCUCGAGACGCAACGCGGUGAUGAAUUUAAGAAGGUGGCGAUCGUUCCCCCAGACUUUACGCGAUUCCAUUCCAAGUCGGGGGUGCUGUCGCAGUAUGCCUAUGAAUAUUUAAAGGGAAGAGUUACGGACGUACUACCGGCACUGGGAACACACGAUGCCAUGACAGAUGAGGAGAUCAGCAAAAUGUUUGGUGACAUACCGAAAGAUCUUUUUCGUGUGCAUGACUGGAGGAAUGACGUUGUAACCAUUGGGGAGGUGCCUGCAGAGCUCGUCUUAAAGGCAAGCGAUGGCAAAGUUAACGAGCCGUGGCCAGCCCAAAUCAACAAACUUUUGUGGGAUGGUGGUCAUGAUCUGGUGCUAUCUAUCGGCCAAGUUGUUCCCCAUGAGGUUAUGGGUAUGGCUAAUUUCAACAAGAAUAUUUUUGUUGGCACUGGCGGAAGCGAAGGUAUCAACUUUUCGCAUUUCAUUGGAGCUGUUUACGGAAUGGAACGAAUGAUGGGACGUGCCGACAAUCCAUUGCGUCGUAUUCUCAAUUACGCUUCAGUUCACUUUCUUAAAAAGCUCCCACUUAUCUACAUACAAACUGUGAUUGGCCGCGGGGGAAACGGCGACCUCGUGACUCGUGGUGUGUUUAUAGGUGACGAUGAAGAAUGCUUUAUGAAGGCUGCUGAGCUAUCCCUGGAAGUAAACUUCGAGCUUCUGGAUGCACCACUUGAUAAAGUGGUUGUGUAUCUGGACCCGAAAGAAUUCAAAUCUACGUGGCUCGGCAACAAGUCUAUUUAUCGCACACGCAUGGCUAUUGCAGAUAAUGGCGAGCUCAUCGUGCUUGCUCCUGGGGUGGCGCGCUUUGGAGAAGACAAACGAAUUGACGAACUUAUUCGCAAGUAUGGUUAUCGCACGACCCCGGAGGUGCUUGCUCAUCUAAAUGCCAAUCGCGACUUGAUGAAGAAUCUAAGUGCCGCAGCUCAUCUAAUCCACGGCUCCUCGGAGGGCCGCUUUCGUAUUACAUACUGCCCGGGACAGCUUUCGCAGGAGAAAAUCGAAGGUGUGGGUUUUGGCUAUGGGGAGUUGAAGGAAAUGAUGGCCAAGUAUCCAGUGGAGAAAUUGCAGGAUGGCUGGAAUGUGGACGCGAACGGCGAGCGAUUCUUCUAUAUAUCAAACCCAGCAUUAGGUCUAUGGGCUUAUCGUGGUCGGUUUGAAAGUUCCUCGACGCCUGAUUCUACCUUAACGUCUGCAAGUAGAACAACAGAGACCAACCUCGCUACGUCUGCGGAUCCAAGUCAAGCAUGUGUUGACGCUGGUGUCGGUGGCGGCCCUUUUCAACACACGUAA